AUGCACCGGCCUGACGAGGAAAAAAUAGCAUUCAUAACGCCGAAAGGAAUCUAUUGCUACAAGGUGAUGCCAUUUUGCUUGAAAAAUGCGGGGGCAACAUACCAGAGAUUGAUGAACAAUAUAUUCAGCGAUCUCAUAGGCAAAACGAUGGAGGUCUAUGUAGACGACAUCCUCGCGAAGACCACCAUACCUGAUGAUCUCCUGAGUGCCUUGGGGAACGUGUUCGCGUCCCUCCGACAACACGGCAUGAGGCUCAACCCGCUCAAGUGCGCCUUCGCCAUAGAGGCCGAAAAAUUCCUAGGAUUUAUGAUCACCCAAAGGGGGGUAGAAGCCAAUCCCGAGAAGUUCCAGGCGAUACUCCAAAUGAAGAGCCCGAGCUGUGUGAAAGACGUCCAGAGACUGGCAGGAAGGCUCACUGCGCUGUCUCAUUUCCUCGGAGCGUCUGCGGUGAAAGUCCCACCCUUUUUCAAUCUGAUGAGAAAAGGGAUAGCGUUCGAAUGGACCCCCGCAUGCGAGGAGGCGUUCAAACUAGCACUGGCACUCUUGACCUCUUCCCGCAGACUAAGGCAAUACUUCCAAGGCCACCAGAUCAUCGUGAGGACGGACCAGGGAAUCCGUCAAGUACUCCAAAAACUUGAUUUAGCGGGAAGAAUGAUGACUUGGGCCAUUGAACUCUCCCAGUACGACCUGCAGUAUGAGCCCCGGCAUGCGAUUAAGGCACAAGCGAUGGCCGACUUCUUGGUAGAAGCAACGGGGGACCCGACCAAGGAAACGGGCAUACGGUGGAGAAUCCACGUAGACGGGGCCUCCAACCAAAAGUCCGGAGGAGCCGGGGUCAUCUUGGAAAGUUCUGUCGAGGUCGUAUACGAGCAAUCGAUCAAGUUUGAGUUUCCGAUAUCAAACAACCAAGCAGAAUACGAAGCCUUCUUGGGAGGCCUGACCCUAGCUCGUGAAGUUGGGACGACGAGGCUGGAGGUGUGCAGUGACUCGCAGGUCGUCACCUCUCAAGUAAACGGGAGCUACCAAGCUAGAGACUCGCUAUUGCAAAAGUACCUGGAAAAAGUUAGAGAAUUGAGUAACCAGUUCGAGGAGGUCACGAUCCAACAUUUCCCGGGGGAAAGGAGCACACGAGCGGGCCUCCUAUCCAAGCUAGCAAGCACAAAACGAGGAGUAGGCAACCGAUCUCUCAUCCAAGGCAUGCUAAAGGAACCAGCAGUUACCCUCCACCUAACAAAGAUAAGCCCCUCUUGGUUGGACCAUACCGUCGAUUUCCUUGAAAGCGGCAAACUCCCUGAUGACGAGAAAGUAGCUAAAGCGUUGAGAAGGGAAGCAGCCAAAUACACGACCAUACAAGGACAACUGUUUAAAAAGGGACUCAGCCAGCCCCUAUUGAAGUGCCUACACCCCGAGCAGACGGAUUACGUGCUCAGGGAAGUCCAUGAAGGGUGCUGCGGCCACCAUAUCAGGGGCAAAGCCCUGGCAAGAAAGCUCAUCCGAGCUGGAUACUACUGGCCAUCAAUGAUGGAAGAUUCCAAAGAAUUUGUAAAGAAAUGCGCUAAUUGUCAAGAGAACGCCAACUUUCACAGAGCAUCGGCUUCCGAACUAAGCCUACUGACGACCUCCCGACCCUUUGCACAAUGGGGAGUCAACCUCUUGGGACCCUUCCCGGUUGGCCCAGGGCAAGUCAAAUAUCUCACAGUUGCCAUCGACUACUACACCAAAUGGAUAGAGGCCGAACCACUGGCCAGCAUAUCCUCAUCCAAUUGUAGAAAGUUCAUGUGGAGGCAGGUGAUAACUCGAUUCGGCAUCCCAGAAGUUGUCAUCUCAAACAAUGGGACGCACUUCACUGACAAGAAGUUCAUAGAAUUCCUCAAUGGCCUGGGUAUAAAGCAGAAGUUCUCUUCGGUAGAGCACCCCCAGACGAAUGGGCAAGUCGAUUCCGUAAAUAAGGUCAUCUUACAAGGCCUCAAGAAGCGGCUGGGUGACAAAAAAGGUGCAUGGGCCGAUGAACUCGCUUCAGUCCUUUGGUCUUACCGUACAACCGAGCAGUCCUCCACGGGAGAAACCCCCUUCCGCCUGACAUAUGGGGUGGACGCGAUGAUACCCAUGGAAAUCGGCGAGCUGAGCCCGCGGCUACUUCUGAAGGGAGUAGAAGAAGUAGUGGAGAAAAACCUGGUGGAUGAGGCCAGGGAGAUGGCCCAUUUGACAGAAGUAGCGCUAAAGCAAAGAAUGACCCUGCGUUACAACGCCAAAGUGCUCAAGAGGGAGUUCGGAAAAAAUGACCUGGUCUUGCGACGCAACGACAUAGGGCUACCGACCCAAGGAGAAAGAAAACUAGCGGCAAAUUGGGAAGGCCCCUACAGGGUCAAAGAGGUGCUCGGCAAAGGCGCCUACAAAUUGGAGAAGCUCGACGGCAGGGAGAUACCGGGAACAUGGAAUGCAGGUAACUUGAGAAGAUUUUAUUCCUAG